AUGGAGAAAAUUCAUACGGAUGAGCUUCCUCUUACUACGAAUUCUUCAGAAAAGCAAGAGACAGUAUGCAUUUUUGGAACUGGGGAUUUUGGAAGAUCACUGGGAUUUAAACUGCUCCAAUGUGGUUAUCCUGUUGUUUUUGGAAGUCGAAAUCCUCGGAUGUCCAGCCUGCUGCCCAAGGGUGCUGAGGUCUUGAGCCAUUCAGAAGCAGCCCAAAAAUCCGACAUCAUCAUCAUAGCAAUCCACAGAGAGCAUUAUGAUUUUCUCACAGAAUUAACUGAGGUUCUCAAUGGGAAAAUAUUGGUUGACAUCAGUAACAACCUCAAAAUCAAUCAAUAUCCAGAAUCUAAUGCAGAACACCUUGCUCAGUUGGUACCUGGAGCCCAUGUUGUGAAAGCAUUUAACACCAUUUCAGCGUGGGCUCUCCAGUCCGGAGCCCUGGAUGCAAGCCGACAGGUUUUUGUCUCUGGAAAUGACAGCACAGCUAAGCAAAGAGUGAUGGAUCUUGUUCGUGCUCUUGGACUUACUCCAUUGGAUCAAGGAUCUCUUGUGGCGGCCAAAGAAAUUGAAAAUUACCCUCUACAACUAUUUCCAAUGUGGAGGUUCCCUCUCCGCUUGUCUGCUGUGCUGUGCCUCUUCUUAUUUCUCUACUGUGUUAUAAGAGAUGUAAUCUACCCUUAUGUUUAUGAAAAAAAGGAUGAAACGUUUCGCCUGGCUGUCUCCAUUCCAAACCGCGUCUUUCCAAUAGCAGCGCUCACACUGCUUGCCCUGGUUUACCUCCCGGGUGUGAUCGCGGCCAUUCUGCAGCUGUAUCGAGGUACCAAAUACCGCCGAUUCCCAGCCUGGCUGGACCACUGGAUGCUUUGCAGAAAACAGCUUGGCUUAGUAGCGCUGGGCUUUGCCUUCCUUCAUGCCAUCUACACACUCGUCAUUCCCAUCCGUUAUUACGUACGGUGGAGGUUGAAAAACCUAACCGUCACCCAGGUGAUAACCAAUAAAGACAGUCCAUUCAUUCCCUCUUCCGCUUGGCUGAAUGAUGCAUAUGUGUCUUUGGGAAUCCUUGGAUUUUUUCUCUUUGUACUCUUGGGAAUCACCUCCUUGCCAUCAGUUAGCAACACAGUCAACUGGAGAGAAUUCCGAUUUGUCCAGUCCAAACUGGGUUAUCUGACCCUGAUCUUGUGCACAGCUCACACACUGGUGUAUGGAGGGAAGAAAUUCCUGAACCCUUCGUUUCUCAGAUGGUGCCUUCCUUCGGCCUACGUGUUAGCUCUCAUCAUCCCUUGCACCGUGCUGGUGAUCAAGUUCAUCCUCAUCAUGCCGUGUAUAGACAAGACCCUUACAAGGAUCCGCCAAGGAUGGGAAAGAAACCCGAAAAUUUCAUCAGCAUUGAAUGGAAAAACAGAUAUUUAAUGCAAAUUUCAAUUUCUCCAGAUUUCUGAACUAUUGCAUGAAAUGUUUAGAGAAUAAUGGGUACAGUUUGGGAUGCUUUCUUCUCCCACUGUG